AUGGCGGAGGCGCAGAACGGCAGCGCCGGGCCUCAGGCCGUGCCCGCCGCCGGCGCCCGGCCUCCCGCCACUCCCGAGGGCAUCGCCCUGGCUUACGGCAGCCUCGUCCUCAUGGCGCUGCUGCCCAUCUUCUUCGGGGCUCUGCGCUCCGUCAGCUGCGCCAAGAGCAAGAACUCCUCAGAGAUGCCAGAGACCAUUACCAGCCGAGAUGCUGCUCGUUUUCCCAUUGUUGCCAGUUGCACCCUUCUGGGCCUCUACCUCUUCUUUAAAAUAUUCUCUCAAGAGUACAUCAAUCUUCUGCUUUCUAUGUAUUUCUUUGUGCUGGGGAUCCUCGCCCUAUCCCACACCAUCAGCCCCAUGAUGAACAGAUUCUUCCCUGCAAAUUUCCCCAACAAACAGUACCAGCUCCUCUUCACCCAGGGCUCCGGGGAGAGCAAGGAAGAAAUAGUGAAUUAUGAAUUUGACACCAAGGAUCUCGUGUGCCUGGCCCUGAGCAGUGUUGUUGGGGUCUGGUACCUGCUGAGGAAGCACUGGAUUGCCAACAAUCUCUUCGGGCUGGCAUUUUCCCUCAAUGGAGUGGAGCUGCUGCACUUGAACAACGUCAGCACUGGCUGCAUCUUGCUUGGGGGCCUCUUCAUCUACGACGUCUUCUGGGUUUUCGGUACCAACGUGAUGGUGACAGUUGCCAAAUCAUUUGAGGCCCCAAUAAAACUGGUUUUCCCUCAGGACCUGCUGGAGAAGGGCCUGGAGGCUGACAACUUUGCCAUGCUGGGGCUGGGAGACAUUGUCAUUCCAGGGAUCUUCAUCGCCUUGCUGCUGCGCUUUGACAUCAGCUUAAAGAAGAACACGCACACGUAUUUCUACACCAGCUUUGUGGCCUACAUUUUUGGGCUGGGCCUGACCAUAUUCAUCAUGCACAUCUUCAAGCAUGCCCAGCCUGCUCUUCUGUACCUGGUCCCUGCGUGCAUCGGAUUCCCGCUUCUCGUGGCCUUGGCAAAAGGAGAAGUAACCGAAAUGUUCAGCUAUGAGUCCUCUGCUGAAAUCUUGCCGCACACACCAAGACUUACCCACUUCCCCACCGUGUCCGGCUCGCCAGCCAGCCUUGCUGAUUCCAUGCAGCAGAAACAGCCCUGUCCCCGCCGACGCCGGCAGCAAAGCCCCAGUGCCAUGUAGCAAUUGCACGCGGUGCCCUUUCUUUGUCGCUCUGGCCAGCUACGAGGAGAGCUCUACCCCCAAGGAGGUGCUGAGGGCCUCCAAAGAGGAGACGAUAGAAGGUGACAAGAAAGAGAAGUGACCU